AUGUGGAAAGGUGUUUGUGAGAACAUAAAAUUUAUAUUUCUUUUUUUCUCUCACGUUUCCUCUUUUCUUUCUUUCGUUCUUCUUUACAGUUCAGCUUCAAACACGGUCAGGCUGCAACAGAGAUAUAUACUUUUUUUCUUCUUCUUUUUUCUUUUUUUCUUCUUUUCACAGUUCACUUCAAGUUCAGCUUCAAACACGGUCAAAACUGCAACAGGGAUAUAUACUUUCUUCUCUCUUGAUUUCUCUUUUCUUUCUUCAAACACAAGCUGGUUUUUCUCUUUCUUCCUGCAUUUUGGCGCGAAUUCCAGUUCCUGUUGCUUCAUGACCUUACGUCAGUCCCCUGUCCUUCUGUCUAGACGUCUGUUGCUACGGGUAACUGGGUCAGUUAACCUCUUGAUGUGCUUCCCCCAAAUGUCUCGAGACUCCCACGUGACCUCUUCUGUUGUCAAACGGAGAUUAACCUUAAUAUAUGCGGGUAUGCGUGUUUUGAGCUAUCUGCAUCCGUCACAUCUCCCAACUAGCGUCCUGACUUGUUUCCUUCUUCUCUACUUCUCCCAACUAGAGAAUAUAACUUCUUUACUUCCACAUCGGCUUCCUGUUCUUUUUUUAAUUAUUCACGGUGUACGUUCAGCCUGGGACGUAUCUCUAUUCGGCUCAAUAUCUAUCUGUUUUCUGCCUGCAUCAUUUCCUAACAACAACGAAAUUCCCUUCAUCGGAAGCGAAUCUAGCAGCCCGACUUCUAUAUCGCCAACCUUCCAUUUAGACUUUAGUUUAAUCUUCCAUAUCUCCGUUUUCAUAGGUUUACCACCAAUGCCGAUCACUGUCUUUAUCUUCCCCGUCCUAUAUCUCAUAUUUUCCGGCACAUCCCUUCGCCUUGCUAACGACUGGGAAGCCCCUGUGUCCCUUAACACUCUUAGGGUUUUCAUCUUCCUUCCGUUCCUGUCAAAAAAUCUGACCGUUUGCAGUCACACUAUCUGUGGUGCUUCCCGCUCAGGUAAGUUUCGUUUCCCUGCCCAUAUCUGCGUUCCGGUGCGCCUGGGUUCUUCAUUACCACGUGUCUGUGUUGAAUGGCGCAUUAUUAUGGGUGGGUACUUGUAUUUCUUUUUCCUGAACGUUCUCUCUCUUACUCAUUGUCCUUUCUUUUCUCUCUCACGUUUCCUUUUUUUUUUUUCUUUCUUUUUCUUUACACAAAUUCAAUUUAAAACACGGCCCGGCUGCAACAGAGAUAUAUACUUUCUUCUUCUCUCUUGUCUUUCUUUUCUUUCUUUCUUUCUUCAUUACACAGGCAGUAUUCUCACGGUCGGCUGCAAAUUUAUACUUUCUUCUUCUUCUUGA